CGCACUGACGCGUCGACGACGUUGUCAAACAGGGAUGUGAAAAUGAUCGCAAACUGUGCGGACAAACUCAAUGAGCGGACUAACAGCCGACCGCAGCGGCAGCUCGGAUAGGUUUUGUGUUAACAGCCCAUGAGUGCGGACUUUAUAGACCCAAGCUUCGCUUUUCUUGAGCUGAGGAAAAUCGGUUUAAGUCACUUUUUAAGUGCCGUCGAGCUAACUUAGCGACAGUUGAGCUAGCCGGGGAGCUGGAGCGGCGCGCGGUGACCGGCUGAGCUAACAUUAACACGUAACUACGGCGAAACGAGCAGUGGUAACGUUAGUUUAGCUCAUUUUCACCGUUUCUCUCACUUCUGCUCGGCGUUUGGCACCGUUUUCAGCCGGGAAGCAGCACCGAGGAGGAGAGGAAGAUGUCUCGGAGGCGGCUGGACAGUCGUAGCGGACUCUCCGCCGGACUGCUCGGCGAGAUUCAGACUCCGAUCAGCACGGAGCCGCUGGAGACUGUGUACGAGAUCACCGGGGAGCUGGGCAGGGGCAAGUUUGCUGUGGUGAAGCGGUGUGUGGAGAAAACCACAGGAAAAGCGUUCGCUGCCAAAUUCCUAAAAAAGAGGAGACGAGGUCGUGACUGCCGGGCAGAGGUCAUCCAUGAGAUGGCUGUCCUGGAGAUGGCACGUAACAACCCCCGAGUGGUCAACCUGCAUGCCGCUUAUGAGACGGAUCACGACAUUGUCUUAGUGCUGGAAUAUGCGGCCGGUGGAGAGAUAUUUGACCACUGCGUAUCCGACGAGCUGCUGCCCGAGGCCCAGAUCACGCGCCUGAUCAGGCAGACGCUGGAGGGAGUCCACUACCUCCAUCAGAGCAACUUGGUCCACUUAGACCUCAAGCCACAGAACAUCCUCCUGACCAGCCUGUCGCCUCCAGGAGACAUAAAGAUCGUGGACUUUGGCCUGGCACGCAGACUGGGUGCGGUCGGAGAGCUCCGAGAGAUUCUUGGCACACCUGAAUACGUGGCUCCAGAGAUCCUCAACUACGAGCCAAUCACAACGGCGAGUGACCUUUGGAGCGUGGGCGUCAUCGCGUACAUGCUGGUGACGGGCGAGUCUCCGUUUGCUGGGGACGACAAGCAGGAGACGUAUCUGAAUGUUUCCCAGGUCAAUGUGGACUACAGCAGGGAGGCCUUCUCCAGGGUGUCUGAGCUCGCUGUGGACUUCAUCCGCAAGCUGCUGGUCAAAGCACCUGAGGACCGGCCCAGCGCCGUCGACUGUAUGAGUCACCCCUGGCUGUGGCAGCAGCCGCAAAUCUGCAUGAGCCCGGAACCCGCCGCCACCGCCUUCCGUACCAGGAGCUGUGGCACAAAGUGGGCGGCCCCUCACGAAGACUUUGAAGACAAGGAAAACUUCCUGGAGUCAUCCCACUCACACGCAAAAAGGUUUCGCUUCGAGGAGGAUGCUGACUUUUGAAGCUACAAAAAUGAUAAGAGGGAGAUGAAGAUGCAGCGGUGAUCACUUCUUCCUCUGAGCUUUUAAAUUGUUUUAAGUCUCCUGGAAACCAGCAGCGUGCCGGCCACCAUUCACCGUUCUGUUUAUACUGAUCUACUCAAACCAACCAAAGAUAACCGGCUAAACUCUGAUGUGUCGCUGUUCAUACUGUACAGUACGUCUCAGUUAAUGCGGUGUGUUUAACCUCAAGUAUUUAAUUUCCUGUCUUAAACCCACUCUGUGCUGAUGAAGGCUGCUCCGGAGGACUUCCAGGGGAAUCUAUGCAACAUUUCUGGUGCUUCUGAAUUCUUUGCCUUAACUGUGGGAAGUUGACUCACCUGGAGCUGCUUUCGGUUGCACUUGUGCUUCAGCUGAAAUGUGUGAUAUAGAGAUUAGCGCCUCUGCUAUGAGGAAGUGAGAUCAUGUUGUUCUUUGCAUGUUUAAAAGAGGCAGCAGCGUUAUAGUGUUUCAGGUUUCUAUCUGUAGAUAAAAUCCGCUGCUGCCCGCGUCAGGGUAACUUCUCUGUCGCAUCAAAGUCAGAUAGCGGCCACAUUCGGGCCUGAUCAGGCCUGCUUUUGGCUAGUUAUAGCAGCUGCUUUGUGGGCCAGAUGUGGCCUGGGAGACAUGGUGGAGUUAGGGUGAUGCUCCUUUGACAUCUGCCUUGUGUAAGGUGGAAUCGGUGCCAGAUGUGGACCACAUUUAGGACAAACAUUCCUUAAUAGUGCUGCAGAUAAAUCCUUCAGAAAAGGAUACAAGCAACAACAUUAGUGGAGUUUUUUUCCCCCCUCUGGAAUUCACUUACCAACUUAAUUUUUUCCAUUUUCCAGCCUAUUAAUAUUAUUAAACAGAUUUUUAACCAUCAAGGUUCAGUUUCAAAGACUUCCAGGUUUUCAGCAUUCUUACCGCGAGGAAGUUAAAUAGUAAACUAAAGCAUCCCUCCAGAGCUCCUGUGUCUCAUUUUUGUUUUUAACCAUAACAUGAGGCAAUUUAACCAUAAAAAAACAGAAAAUAUGCAAUGAAGCCUUUAUCAGCAUGGAUAUCUUAUAGUCAGUCUUCUGAGCCAAAAUUGAGUAUCGGUUAAUAAAACCCACUAUUUCUACACUCCCACAGCCCUGUUUGCAAAUUAUUUUGAAAAUAAGUUUAGAUACGCCACAAAGAAGCUUCUGAAGUCAACUUCUACAUGAUUAGAGGGAAAAUUUUGACUCUAGGAUAUUAAAAAGGGACAGGUCAGAGUAACAUUAUCUAAAAAUAGUUUUGGUACCUGUAUCCACUCGUGAAAGAGUUUGCUGCAUGAUUGCCUUUAAACCUGAUGUCAGACUUGGAUUUUCUCAACAUAUGCUUCAUACUGAGGGUUUAAACGUAGCUCAGGGUCUUAUAGAAAGCUCUUUAAAAAAAAAAAAUCUAAAUAUGCACCUUUCAGUGUUAAUCUGCAUUUAGGUUAUUAUGAAAUUUCUGGCUGGAAGUGUGCUGCAGUAAAAGUAAGUAUAAAGGGGUGAAUCAGCCGAGUGGGCCGUGCCCGCACUUACUCAAAUGAUUUCCUCCCUGAGCUGCGAGUUCCUCUUAGAGGAGAAACUUUAGCACUUAGUGUGUGCAGAGCCUUCACUUAGACCUCCUGCAGUCCUCCGCAGGUCCGGGUGCCUCAAGAUUUCAUCUCAGGGCUGCUGCUCACUCUUUGUUUUCUAUUCUUAAUGUUAUUCUCACAAGCUGAUUAUUAUUAUUAUUAUUAUUGUAAUAUUUAUGUGCUGGACUUCUAUUUUUUAUGUAAAUAAUGCACUCACGUGUCUUAUAAGCAGAGAUUCAGGUGAUGAUGAAAGGAAGGAUUAGUCAAUGAGGUGGUUCAGGAAAGUGAAGUCAAAGUGGGGAAACAGAGAGGUGUCAGAUGGUUUUUAGAGAGGAAAGAGGUGAUUAAACAGGAAGAGUGAGUGUGGGAAGAAGUAUUUCCUGAUGGUUGCUUUAAGUUGUGGAGAGGUGAUGAGAAAGUAGGGAUGACUAUUUCACAGAGGAGCCAAGGUGCCACCAGCAACAAAUCCUGACCUCAGACAGUGGCAGCUCUCAACCUCCAGAGAAAACAUUCCUCUGGUUUUAUUUUUAGGUGCCAAACCCGAACGGGACCACACUGCGUGCGUUUGUUGUUGCUGUCAGCACAAAGGCCUUUGUGUAUCUGUGUGUGUGUGUGAGGAGGCUGAGCCGUGCUGUCGUCCUUUAUAACUGGAACGCCACACUGUAAAAGAGCAGACUGCUGUAAACGGAAAUAAGCUUGAAUCCAUCUGCUCUGAGAAUAAAAGGUUUGGAGUUGGUUAAAUCUGCAGAGCAGGUGGGUCUGACGUCACUUUGGUGCCGACGCUCCAUUGGACCAUUGUCUCCGUCAGACUCUUGCUGUAACCGUCGUGUUGUUUUUGUACAGCUGCUGUUGUUCUCGCGUCACUCGGCGGCCUCGGAGUGUGCGAGCGCUCUUUGUGUCAGUGCCGCUGAUGUCACUCAGCGUUCCUCUUUGUUGUCUUGAGACUGAAGGAUUACUGUAUGUCAGAAUGAAACCUGCCACAAGCACAAAUAAAUCAGAUCUACCUUUAUUCUGCUUUUUAUGUUUUGGGUUUUUUAAAGUAUGAGCGUUCUGAUUGCAUCUGAAAUAACUAAAAAAAUAAUUUGUAUUCUGAUUAGCUUCAGGCUAAUGUUAGGCAUCACAAAGCAAACUGGAAAAGCUCAUUAAAGACUGUAGAAAAUAAA